ACCACUUCUUCUCAUCUUCUUCUUCUCGUGUCAUCUUUUUCGUGCUUCUUCUCAUCUUCUUCAUUUUAAAAAAUUAGGGUUUUUUUCUUAAAAAUCGAAAAGAAACAGAUGCACCACACUUUUAAAUCCGGAGCCGGGAAAAUCCCGCGAUCCGCGACUCGGGAAAGCGCCUGUAGCGUUCCUUACACCAUCUCCGCCACCGCCCCCUGCAUCUCGCGCGGGUGGGGGACGCACCGCUCCAGGGCGCCGCUAUAGCGGCCGUCGCGGCAAGGAAUGAUAACUCUGGGGAUCAGUUAGUGAGGAAGAUGAUGACCUUGAAUUUGAAAAUAUGUGGCAUGUAUCAGAUAUCGGUGACACUUUAGGGAGAUACAUCUCUGGAAUCUUUCGGCGAUGCAUUUCUGGACAUUCGAGUUAAAUAAAUAAUGUCUCAUUUGCAACGUCUUUGUUAGGGUAAUUUUAAGUGUGUCCGGAGAUGCAUCUCCAAAUGUUAUGGAUAUUUUUGGAUUUUUAAGGAUGUGGCGGUUUAGGAGGCCGCUGAGAAAGGCGGCGAUGGCGCAGAGAUAAGGGUUUAUUUCAGAGAAAGGGAUCCGUUAGUGAGGAAGAUGAUGACCUUGAAUUUGAAAAAUACGUGGCAUGAAUCAGAUAUGGGUGACACUUUAGGUAGAUACAACUUCGGAAUCUUUCGGAGAUGCAUCUUUGGACAUUUUUUCGAGUAAAAUAAAGAAUAUCUCAUUUGCAACGUCUUUGUUAGUGUAACUUUAGGUGCAUCUAGAGAUAUAUCUGCGAAUGCUAGGGAUAUUUUCGGAUCCUGCUAGAGAUAUUUUCGGAUUUUUAAGGAUGUGGGAUCCCCCACCCCCAUGGGUUGAAAGAGAUAUCAGCUACCUCAAAAUCAAUGUUUGGGGCUAUUGUUUUCAGAUAAAAGGGUCAAAACCAAAGGUUACACAAUUUGUAGAGAGAUAAAAAACAAUUAUUUUAGCUUUAAAAGGUAUAGAAAUCAACUUGUGUAUCAGAUUUAUACUCCCUCCGUCCCAUAAUGAGUGACCCAGCACACUAUUUCACACCGUUUAAGAAAAGUGCAUAAAAAUAAGAGAAAGAAUAUUGUUUUUACUAUAAUACCCUUAUAAUGUAUUGGAAAUUGUGACAUCUUUAUUAAUUAGAGGGUAGAAUUGGAAAAAUUGCAUUGAAAAUUGAGAUACCCUUGUCAACAAAAGAUUAAAAAAGUCCAACUUCAUUCCCCAUUUCUUAAUUUUCUAUUUGUACAACGUGCCCACUAGUAUUUUUUUUAAAGAAUAAUUACAAUUUUCUAUCUGCAUCUUUCUGAAGUUCCACUAAUUCGAUCUGAUUUACUUUGCAACUAUAAUAAUGGUUGAGCAAAUUCCAUAUGGUGUUGCUACUAGCCUCAUUAACAGGUUGGCUUCGGCGGCCUUUCAUGAAUUUGGAAGGAUUUAUGGUGUUAUGGAUGAAUUGGAAAGGCUGAAGAAUACUGUUGAGGCCAUCAGAGCUGUGCUUCUUGACGCCGAGGACAAACAACAACAAAACCGUGCCAUACAGAUAUGGAUAAGAAGACUCAAAGAUGAUGUGCUUCUUCCUGCUGAUAACUUGCUAGAUGAGUUUCUUAUUCAAGAUAUGAGACACAAAAUGGAGGAAACUAAUAAGAACAAAAUGACCAAGGUACUUCAUUCCUUAUCUCCAACUAGAAUUGCUUUUCGCCACAAAAUGGCUCAUAAGAUUGAUAAAAUACAAAAGAAAUUUGAUGAUGUUGUGAAAGAUAUGUCUGGGUUGAAUCUGAUCCCAAACGUCGUGGUGGUUGAACAUAGUAACAGUGUAAAGAGGGAAACUAGUUCAUAUGUGUUAGAAUCUGAUAUCAUUGGAAGAGAAGAUGAUAAAAUCAAGAUUAUACGCUUGUUAAGAGAACCAAAUAUGGACCAGAAUGUCUCUGUGGUUGCUAUUGUUGGGAUUGGUGGUUUAGGAAAAACAGCUCUAGCCCAAUUGGUAUACAAUGAUGGUGAAGUAGCAAAGAUUUUUGAAAAGAGGAUGUGGGUAUGUAUCUCUGAUAACUUUGAUGUCAAAACUAUUGUGAAAAAAAUGUUGGAGUUAGUAACCAAAGGCAAAAUUGAUGAUAAGUUAACAUUAGAAAACUUGCAAAAUAUGCUUCGUGACAACUUAACUGAUAAGAGAUACUUGUUAGUUCUAGAUGACAUUUGGAACGAGAGUUUUGAAAAAUGGACUCAAUUGAGGACUUAUUUGAUGUGUGGGGCUCAAGACAGUAAGGUUGUAGUGACAACUCGUACAAAAACUGUAGCACAGACAAUGGGUGUAAGUGUUCCCUAUACUCUGAAUGGUUUGAAUCCAAAAGAAUCUUGGAGUUUGUUGAAGAAAAUUAUUACAUUUGGGGAUGAGACUAAAGGAGUGAAUCAAAUUCUUGAACCAUUUGGUAAGAAGAUAGCAGAAAAGUGUGGGGGUGUUCCACUAGCAAUCAGAACGUUGGGGGGCCUAUUACAGGGUAAAGGCGAAAAAAAGGAAUGGAUUGCUAUUUUACAAGGUGACUUUUGGAAAUCAUGUGAAGAUGAAGAUAGCAUCAUGCCAGUGUUGAAACUAAGUUACCAAAACUUGUCGCCUCAACUAAGACAAUGUUUUGCUUAUUGCUCUUUAUAUCCUAAGGAUUGGGAAAUACAGAAGGAUGAGUUGAUUCAAUUGUGGAUGGCACAAGGUUAUCUUGAAUUUUCAGAUGAAAAGGAGAUCUUGGAAGAUAUUGGUAACCGAUUCGUAAAUAUCUUCUUGAUGAAGUCAUUUUUCCAAGAUGCUCAAGUUCAUGCCGGUGAUUUAUAUAGUUUUAAAAUGCAUGAUUUAAUACAUGAUCUUGCAAUGCAAGUAGCCGGCAGUGAUUGUUGUUACUUGGAUAGUGAGACAAAAAGACUUGUUGGAAGUCCCAUCCAUGUAAUGUUGAAAAGUGAUGCUAUUGGUUUGUUAGAGUCAUUGGAAGCAAGCAGAGUGCGAACUUUAAUUUUCCAGACCAAUAAUUCAAAGAGAUGGAAUGAAAAGGAAUUGUCUGUUAUUUCAAAAUUCAAAUACUUACGCUUUUUGAAGCUUUCAGAUUGUUCUAUAAGUGAGUUGUGUGAUUCAGUUGGAAAUUUAGAGCAGUUAAGAUAUCUUCAGUUAUGGUAUUGUGUAGGACUAAAAGGCCUUUUCAAAUCCAUAAGUAACAUUGUUUGUCUUCAAACACUUAUAUUGAAUGGGUGUGAAAUAGUUGAAUUUUCUACAAAAGAUGUCUUAAGUUUAAUCAAUUUGAGAAAUCUUCAAAUUGAAAAUUUAAAAGCAUUUAAAGAGAAGAAGAAAACGUAUGGAUUUGGAAAAUUAAGCUCGAGGGAGCGGUAUAAGGAUUUAUUUUUUUCUAAUUGGCUUUCUUCACUCAAAAACAUUGUUCGAAUAUUUCUUAAGAACUGUGAAGGCGUGCAGCAUCUCCAACCAAUGGAAUGUCUCCCAUUCCUAAAGUAUCUUUUUAUAGGUGACCUACAUGAGUUGGAGUACAUAUAUUGUGAAGAGCCUCUUUUAUCCGAAGAAUUCUUCCCUUCUUUGGAGUACCUCGGAAUAUGUGGAUGUGAAAAAUUGAAAGGAUGGUGGAGGGUAAGGGAUGAUAACUCUUCACAAUCAUAUCAUCUCUCCUUUCUGCCUUGUCUCUCUUACUUAACUAUCAUUGAUUGUCCAAUGUUAACUCACAUGCCCACUUUUCCAAACCUCGACGAGAAAUUGGUUUUCUGGGAUUGUAAUAUGAACACAUUGGAAGCAACAUUAAACAUGGUAAAAUCAAAUUCUUCGAAUGAAUUCCCUCCACUUUCCAUGCUAAAACACUUGUUUCUUGGCGGACAUGAGCUGCACGUUAAAACACUUCCAAAUGAUUGGAUGCAAAAUCUGACUUCUCUCAAGCAUCUUGUUUUUUAUUGGCUUCCAAAUGAAACAUUUCAAGAAAUUGAAAUUUGGUUUAAGGACAAACUCAACUAUCUUCCUUCCUUGCAAAGUAUUGAAAUAUCACAUUGUUCCGAUCUAGAGGCAUUUCCAGCUUGGAUUUGCAACCUCUCGUCACUUCAGCAUAUCACCAUUUCAGAAUGUCAAGUUUUAGUUUCACUGCCAGAUGGAAUGCCUCAUCUUACCAACUUACAAACCCUUAUAAUCAUUAGGUGUCCCCUCUUAAUUGAAGAGUGCCAGACAGAAACAAGUGCAACAUGGCCCAAAAUUGCUCACAUCCCAAACAUAAUCUUAAAGUGAUCUUCUUAUUAAAGGAUUCCACAAACUUCAAGAAGCCGCUUUGACAUUCACAUGAAUGCUGUUGGAAAUAUAGCAGACUAGCAGCUGCAGUUGAUCUAGUUGUUCUGAAAUGUGUGGCUAAAAUAGGAUUGGUGCUCUUUUGGUAUUUUAUUGGUGUUGUAUCUCAAAGUAAUUUAUGUAAUAGUAUCUGUUAAUGCAAACUAUGUUGCUUGCUGCUGUAAUGACGGGGUUAGAAAUAUUGCAAAACACAUACAACAAAGAUAGUACCAUAUGAGGACAAAUGUAUGCCAAAUCAAAAUUUGUUGAAACUUCUACAUUAGUUCAAGCACAAACACUGUCUCGUUCUUUUUGCAAGUUUUGUAAAGAUAUCUUUGUUUUUAUUUACCUUCUGAGAUGGAUCCCUUCUCAAAUUUGGUGAUAGCUCCAUUUUUACAUUAGGUGAUGGUUGCAAUUUGUCUUCCUGAGAUGGCUCCAUAUUCAUGUUAGUUGGCUCAGUUUCUGUAAUAACUGAAUGGUCAUAUAUUAGAUAGGCAGCUGUCACCUUAACGGACAAUCCACGCCCAAAAGCUACAAAUAUCUCCACAUUGUCACCAGGCUCUAGAUUUGAUGUUAAGCCCUUCCAAUCUUCAUCAUU